GGCAGCGGGGUCCGCGCUGUUGUGGUUUCGCUGCGAUCUCCGUGUGAUUCCACAGCGAAAUGUUGCCAUGUCACCCGCGUUAGGAGCCACUUCUGCGGUGUAAGCUCGAGCUCUUCUGUCGGCUGGCGUCGUCGGUGCGGAGCGAGGCAGUCAUGUCCGGAGCCGUCGGCGGAGGAGGAGGCUCCUCCUGUGGGGGCGCAGCGGCGGCGGCGGCCGGCUGCAGCUCCGCCGGCUCUUCUCCCUACGCUGCCUCCGCCGGGGGAGGCUCGGGGGUGGCCGGGAGGCUGCCGGCCCGGGUCCUGGAGCACAUCUUCUCCUACCUGGAGAUGAACGACCUGAUGCGGUGCUCGCUGGUCUGCUGGCACUGGAACAACAUCCUGUCGGACGAGAACAGCGAGGUGUGGCGCAGCCUCUGCAGCCGGGCGCUGACCGAUGAAGCCCUGCGGUCUGACAUCCUGUGCAACCUGCUAACCUACAAGGGGAAACUCAAGUCCUAUCAACAUGCCCUGAGCUCCCACGACUGCUCCCGCAACGUUUACGUGAAGAAGAACGGCUUCACCCUGCACCGCAACCCCAUCGCCCAGAGCACUGACGGCGCCCGGGGCAAGAUCGGCUUUUUGGAAGGGCGGCAUGCCUGGGAGAUCUGGUGGGAAGGCCCCCUCGGCACCGUGGCAGUCAUCGGCAUCGCCACGAAGCGGGCGUCGCUGCAGUGCCAGGGCUACGUGGCUCUGCUGGGCAGUGACGACCAGAGCUGGGGCUGGAACCUGGUCGACAACAACCUGCUGCACAAUGGGGAGGUUAACGGAAACUUCCCACAGUGUAACAAUGCACCCAAAUAUCAGAUCGGGGAGAGAAUCCGGGUGAUCCUAGACAUGGAUGACAAGACGUUAGCCUUCGAGAGGGGAUUUGAGUUUCUUGGAAUAGCGUUUCGUGGACUUCCCAAAGCCUGCCUAUUCCCCGCUGUCUCUGCAGUGUACGGCAACACUGAAGUCACCAUGGUGUACCUGGGAAAACCUCUGGAUGGAUAGAAGCAGAAAAAAACACAUGCCACACCGUUCAAACUAACAGGCCGCCAAUGAGUGUAGGACUUUUUCCAUCCACCGAGUGCCCGCCAUGCUCCUUGCACCAUGUCAGACGGUGGUCAUGUUUCUUCCAAGCAACACAACUCAAUUCAUGUACAGAAAGAGAAGUACAGCUGGACAUGAAGCCAGAGUCCGGUUGUGGACUAAAGAGACAACAGGAGAAAAGGGAGAGGUGUGAGAAAGCUCAUAAUCAAGUUUCUGGAUCAAUGUGGAAGCGUCCACUUUUACAGUUUAGCUGCUGGACUUUUUUAUUUACGUGACCGGGGGGAACAUAGAUGGUAUGUCCGCUUGAAUGAGGCCAAAACUAUUCUAAACCGUGACAAAUACUUUAAGAUAUCGUUUUAUUGAGUGACACAGUAGUUGUUAUAAAAAGCUGAGAUAAAGAAGACAGUGCAUUGUGGAUUGACACAGGUAAACUCUAGACUGGAUUAUAAAGGUUUUAUGCCAAAUUAAUAUGACCUAUAAUGUUGUGUUUUGACAAAGGCAACCCGAGGAGGUGGGGACUACUGUCAUGCACUUGCAUGGACCCUGGAGUGUGGACCGAAACAUUUGUCCUUUAUGAAAAUCUCCUCUAGUCGUGUUGGAAAAUAUACCUGUAUCAUAUUAAUGUUUGUCCUUUUUUCAAUGUGCUAAUUAGUAUUAUACACUAUUUAUUGGUUUUAUGUAUGGUACUAUUGAUACUGUAUGUCAUAAGGCCUGGAAAUAAAGUCUACAUGGUGCCACU